AUGCGUGAGAUUCUUCACAUUCAGGGUGGCCAGUGCGGCAACCAGAUCGGUGCUAAGUUUUGGGAGGUGGUUUGUGCCGAGCAUGGCAUCGACCCCACCGGAAGAUACGGUGGAGACUCGGAGCUGCAGCUCGAGAGGAUCAAUGUUUACUACAAUGAGGCCAGUUGUGGCCGGUUUGUGCCGCGAGCGGUUCUCAUGGACCUUGAACCGGGCACCAUGGACAGUGUCCGGUCUGGACCGUACGGUCAAAUCUUCAGACCCGACAACUUCGUUUUUGGGCAGUCCGGUGCAGGGAACAACUGGGCCAAGGGGCAUUACACCGAGGGUGCUGAACUGAUUGAUUCUGUGCUGGAUGUUGUGCGCAAGGAGGCUGAGAACUGUGAUUGCUUGCAGGGUUUCCAAGUAUGCCAUUCUCUGGGUGGAGGAACUGGAUCAGGAAUGGGUACCCUGUUGAUUUCGAAGAUCAGGGAAGAAUACCCAGAUAGGAUGAUGCUUACUUUCUCUGUUUUUCCUUCUCCUAAGGUCUCUGACACUGUGGUGGAGCCCUACAAUGCCACUCUCUCAGUUCACCAGCUUGUUGAAAAUGCUGACGAGUGCAUGGUGCUUGAUAACGAAGCCUUGUACGACAUUUGCUUCCGUACCCUCAAGCUAACCACUCCAAGCUUUGGUGACUUGAACCAUUUGAUAUCAGCAACCAUGUCUGGUGUAACUUGUUGUUUGAGGUUCCCUGGUCAGCUUAACUCUGAUCUGAGAAAGCUUGCAGUAAACCUCAUUCCAUUCCCUCGCCUCCACUUUUUCAUGGUGGGAUUUGCUCCGUUGACAUCCCGUGGCUCUCAACAGUACAGGGCCCUGAGUGUUCCAGAACUCACACAGCAAAUGUGGGAUGCCAAGAACAUGAUGUGUGCUGCUGACCCUCGCCAUGGCCGUUACCUCACUGCCUCGGCAAUGUUUAGAGGAAAAAUGAGCACCAAGGAGGUCGAUGAACAAAUGAUCAAUGUUCAGAACAAGAACUCCUCAUACUUUGUUGAAUGGAUUCCCAACAACGUGAAAUCCACAGUUUGUGACAUUCCCCCCACAGGCUUGAAGAUGGCCUCUACAUUCAUUGGAAACUCUACAUCUAUUCAGGAAAUGUUCCGCAGAGUGAGUGAGCAAUUCACUGCUAUGUUCAGGAGAAAAGCUUUCUUGCAUUGGUACACUGGUGAAGGCAUGGAUGAGAUGGAGUUCACUGAGGCCGAAAGCAACAUGAACGAUCUUGUGUCAGAGUAUCAACAGUACCAGGAUGCCACUGCUGAGGAUGAUGAGUAUGAGGAGGAAGAUGAUGAGGAAGAGUACCAGGCACAUGAAAUCUGA